GCCAAUAGUCUCAAAUAUAUUUCUGACAGAGUUCACUGAGUUGAGAUGUGAUUUUUGUGCAUCAGAAGCAUUGGCUGGCCUGGUUGGUUUACAAAAUCUGAACCAAAUCUCUCUGUGACGUAAAGAAGCAUCAAUGGACCCAAACACAACUGCAGACUUCUUCCAAGGGUCUUCCAAGUUUCAUACAUAUUACUCGCAGACUAAGAAGGGUGGUGGCGUAAUCGAUCUAGGCCUCAGCCUUAGCACCAUACAACAUGAAACUUACCUCCCACCGGCACGAAGUCUCGACGGGUAUGGAGAGCUCAUAGACUGGUCGCAGCAGCCCAGCUAUAGCAGCAUUACACAGUUGAAGAGUGAGGACACUGGUCACAAAAGACUUGCCCAUGGAUAUUACAAUAAUGAAGAAGAGAGCAGAGGAAAAUAUGCUUAUGUAAAGGUAAAUCUGGAUGGCCUAGUGGUAGGGCGAAAGGUUUGCCUUCUCGAUCAAGGAGCUUACUCAACUCUUGCUCUUCAGCUCAAUGAUAUGUUUGGGAUGCAGACCGUGUCUGGAUUGAGGUUGUUUCAGACUGAGUCUGAGUUCUCUUUGGUCUACAGAGACAGAGAAGGUAUUUGGAGGAAUGUUGGGGAUGUUCCAUGGAAGGAGUUUGUGGAAAGGGUGGAUCGGAUGCGAAUCGCAAGAAGAAACGAUGCUCUUUUUCCCUUUUAAGCUUUUAAGUCCAAGCUUCUCCUCUUCUGGGGCUUUCACUGUUUACCUAAGAUCCAAACUAUCUCACUUGUGGUUCUAAUAUUCAAUAUCUGAUGUAACGGGAGCUUUAAGCUAUAAAUAAGAUUAUGAAGA